CCAAAAACCAAAACGCCACAUCCAGAUCACUCCGCCCCGUUUCGUCCGUCGUCGCACCGCACCUCCCCCACAAAGCAGCCAAGACAGCGAAGCAGCAAGUGGUUUAUUGCAAGCCGCCGGCUUAAUCGCGCGUUAAUUACCCGCUAAGCAACCCGCUCUAGUCCUCCGGCCGGCCUCGCCUCCUCGCAUUUCUCCGCUUAAUUAAUUGGCUAGUUGAGGCAAUCCAGCUCGGGCGGGGGUGGGAGACUGGGAUCCGAUCGGACGGUCGAUGCCGGCGGGGGGUGGCGGGGCAUGGCCGGGCGGCGGGGAGCGAUGAGGCCAGCAAGCAGCAUGCGCGCGGUGGUCGCGCGGUCGCCGGCCGCCUCGUUCCUGCUGGCGGCUGCGGCGACGGCGGCGCUAGUGGGAGGGGUCUACUUCUGGGUGGUGGUCGCGUCGUUCCGCCUCCCCGACUCCGGCGCCGUCGGGUGCCGCCCCGACGGCGAGGGGUCGUGGGCGGUUGGGAUGUACUACGGGAAGAGCCCCCUCGAGCUCCGGCCCAUCGAGCUGGAAGGGAGGAGCAAUGGGAACAGCUCGGCGUGGCCGGUGGCGAACCCCGUGCUGACCUGCGCGUCCGUGACGGAGGCGGGGUACCCGAGCAACUUCGUCGCCGACCCGUUCCUCCACGUCGAGGGGGACACACUCUUUCUUUUCUUUGAAACAAAAACGACAACCUCAAUGCAAGGUGAUAUUGGAGUUGCAAGAAGCUUUGAUCAAGGUGCAACGUGGGAGUUUCUUGGCAUUGCUUUAGAUGAGGCAUGGCAUCUGUCAUAUCCUUUUGUGUUCAAAUAUGAGAAUGAGAUUUAUAUGAUGCCAGAGGGAAACAAAAAGAAGGAGCUGCGCCUUUAUCGUGCUACUAAGUUUCCUCUUGAAUGGACACUGGAGAAGGUGCUAGUUAAUAAGCCACUUAUUGAUGCAGCAUUAAUCCAAUAUGAGGGAUACUGGUGGCUAUUUGCCUCAGAUUUCACACGGUAUGGUGUCGAGAAGAAUGCAGAGCUUGAAAUUUGGUACAGUAGCUCUCCUCUUGGUCCUUGGACUGAGCACAAGCAAAACCCAAUUUACAAAUCGGACAAAAGUUUGGGAGCUCGAAACGGUGGGAGGCUCUUCAUUUUUGAAGGGUCAUUGUAUCGCCCUGGUCAGGAUUGCAGUGGUACCUAUGGGCGGAGGGUUAGGUUGUACAAAGUUGAAAAGCUAAGCAAGGAAGAAUACAAAGAGGUCCCUGUAAACCUUGGGAUUGAAGAGCCAAAGAAAGGGAGAAAUGCGUGGAAUGGCAUGAGGUACCAUCACAUGGAUGCGCAACAGCUUGCUUCUGGUGGAUGGAUCGCUGUAAUGGAUGGUGAUCGUGUACCUUCAGGUGAUUCAACACGACGUUCUCUCUUUGGUUACAUAGGUUUCUUGUUAGCCAUUUCUCUUGUCAUUUUUGUGGGUUUUGUGAAAGGUGCAAUCAGUUGCUCCAUUCCUCCAAGUUUCUGGGUUCCUCUGACAAGAAGAAAUGAAUUAUCCCGUAUCUUGCCUGUGCACCGCUUCAACCAGAAAGUACGCAGAUAUUCUACCAGUAUUGGCAGAUACAUCUCUGCUACCAAAACAAGGCUCAAUGAAAAAACUUGGUCCAACAUGCUGUUCUUUUGUGUAGUUUCUCUAAUUGGUAUCACGAAUGUCUGCAUUGCUGUGCAUUUCUUAUGUGGUGGCAAUGGUGCUGAAGAGGCAUAUACACAUCAAGGGCAACACUCUCAGUUCACGAUGGUCACAAUGACAUAUGAAGCUCGUCUCUGGAACUUGAAGCUAUUUAUUGAACACUACUCCAGAUGCGAGUCAGUUAGGGAGAUAGUUGUCGUCUGGAACAAAGGUAACCCUCCAAGCAGUGAUGCUUUUGAUUCUACUGUGCCUGUCAGGAUACGAGUUGAAGAGAUCAAUUCUCUUAACAACCGUUUUAGGGUUGACCCUUUGAUAAAGACCCGGGCUGUUCUUGAAUUGGAUGAUGAUAUCAUGAUGACUUGCACUGACUUAGAGAAAGGAUUUAGGGUCUGGAGAGAACACCCUGAGCGGAUGGUGGGCUUCUACCCUCGUAUGAUAGAUGGAAACCCGUUGCAAUACAGGAACGAGAGAUAUGCUAGGGGUAAGAAGGGGUACAAUCUGAUUCUCACAGGUGCUGCUUUCAUGGACAGUGAGUUUGCUUUCAAAAAAUACUGGAGUGAGGAAGCUCGUGAAGGGAGAGACUAUGUACACAAGAACUUCAAUUGUGAGGACUUGCUCAUGAAUUUUCUGUAUGCAAAUGCAAGCUCCUCGAGGACCGUUGAGUAUGUCCACCCGGCAUGGGCUAUCGACACAUCCAAGCUUUCCUCUGUUGCAAUUAGCCGAGACACCCAGAAGCACUAUGAUAUCAGAACAAAUUGCCUGGCAAAGUUUUCCUCAAUAUAUGGUUCCCUCCCUCAAAAAUGGGAGUUUGGCAUGCGAGAAGAUGGCUGGGACAAAUAGUCUGACAAGGGCGGAAUACAUACAACAAACCAGCACCGGCUUGUUGUAGAUUUUUUGUUGCUCCCAUGAAAAGUUUUGCAGCAUGGGGAAAAGUUAUAUAUAACCUUUUUGGUAGAAGUGCCUUGAUUCGUGAUGUACGUAUUAGAUUCGGCUAGAAUUAUGUAGAUCAAGAUAUGUUGAAGAUGGAUCGUCGCUCAAAACUUUUGAAGUCAGUGUCGAAAUAGACCAAAUGCAGUGCAUUACCUGUGAAGCACAAUGGGAGUUUGCAAAUUGCGUCCUGGGAAAUUCAGCUUGUUUGGUUCCUUUUUCUGCGUAGCCGUUGUACAUUUUCCUUUCUAAGAUUGGGCUAACGUCCUGGCCUCCUGUGGCUGUGCGUUGUGCAAUUCUUUUCGCUUUUUAUGUAAUAUAAGAAUUUUUCUACAGCUCUUGAUUAGUUUUCUACUCUUUGCAGUCA